AUGCAGGCCCAGAUCGAGGAGAAGGCGCGCAAGUGGCAGGCCCUCAACCGCAAGCGCUUCAGCCACAAGCGGAAAUUCGGCCACACAGAGCCGCAGAAGGCCGACAUGCCCCCGGAACACGUCCGGAAGAUCAUCCGCGACCACGGCGACAUGACGAGCCGCAAGUUCCGCGCGGACAAGCGCGUGUACCUCGGCGCGCUCAAGUACGUCCCUCACGCCAUCUUCAAGCUCAUGGAAAACAUGCCAAUGCCGUGGGAGGACGUCAGGUAUGUCAAGUGCCUGUACCACGUGACGGGGGCGAUUACGUUCGUGAACGAGGUCCCGCGGUGCAUCGAGCCGGUGUACCUGGCGCAGUGGGGCACGAUGUGGAUCAUGAUGCGGCGGGAGAAGCGCGACCGGCGGCACCUGAAGCGGAUGCGCUUUCCGCCGUUUGACGACGAGGAGCCGCCGCUGGACUACGCGGACAACAUCCUGGACGUGGACCCGCUCGAGGCGAUCCGCAUGGACCUCGACGAGGACGAGGACGGCCCCGUCGCGGAGUGGCUGUACGAGCACAUGCCCCUGCGCUUCACCAACAUGGUCAACGGGCCCAGCUACAAGAAGUGGCGGCUGCCGCUGCCGAUCAUGGCCACGCUGUACCGCCUCGCGGGGCAGCUCCUGUCGGACCUGACGGACAUGAACUACUUCUACUUGUUCGACUUCGACAGCUUCGUCACCGCGAAGAGUCUCUCGAUGGCCAUUCCGGGUGGCCCCAAGUACGAGCCGCUGUUCCGGGACAUGGACACGCGCGACGAGGACUGGAACGAGUUCAACGACAUCAACAAGCUCAUCAUCCGGACGCCGAUCCGCACGGAGUACCGCGUGGCCUUCCCGCACCUGUACAACAACCGCCCGCGCAAGGUGCGGCUGGCCGAGUACCACUCGCCGGCGGUGAUGUACAUCAAGACCGAGGACCCGGACCUCCCGGCGUACCACUACGACCCGCUCAUCCACCCGAUCCCCUUCUACAAGACCGGGACCGACCAGAAGAUGGGCGACGACGCCGACUCGGACGACGACGACGACGACGACUUCGAGCUCCCCGAGCACGUCGCGCCCUUCCUCGCGGAGCAGCCGCUGUACACGGACACCACCGCGUCGGGCCUCGCGCUGUUCUGGGCGCCGCGGCCCUUCAACCUGCGCGAGGGCCGCACGCGGCGCGUGAUCGACGUGCCGCUCGUGUCGACGUGGUACCGCGAGCACGUCCCGGCCGGGUACCCCGUCAAGGUCCGCGUGUCGUACCAGAAGCUGCUCAAGACCUGGGUGCUGAACAAGCUGCACGCGCGCCCGCCCAAGGCGGUGAAGAAGCGCAGCCUGCUCAAGGGCCUCAAGGCGACCAAGUUCUUCCAGCAGACGGAGCUGGACUGGGUCGAGGCGGGCCUCCAGGUCUGCCGGCAGGGCUUCAACAUGCUCAACUUGCUCAUUCACCGCAAGAACCUCAAUUACCUGCACCUGGACUACAACUUCAACCUGAAGCCCGUGAAGACGCUCACGACCAAGGAGCGCAAGAAGUCCCGCUUCGGCAACGCGUUCCACCUCUGCCGCGAGAUCCUGCGCCUCACCAAGAUGGUAGUCGACGCCAACGUGCAGUACCGCCUGGGCAACGUCGACGCGUACCAGCUCGCGGACGGGCUGCAGUACACGUUCAGCCACGUCGGGCAGCUCACGGGGAUGUACCGGUACAAGUACAAGCUGAUGCGCCAGAUUCGGAUGUGCAAGGACCUGAAGCACGUGGUGUAUUACCGCUUCAACACGGGGCCGGUCGGGAAGGGCCCCGGCGUGGGGAUGUGGGCGCCGAUGUGGCGCGUGUGGAUGUUCUUCCUCCGCGGCAUCGUCCCGCUCCUCGAGCGCUGGCUCGGGAACCUCCUCGCGCGGCAGUUUGAGGGGCGGCAGAGCAAGGGGGUGGCCAAGACGGUGACGAAGCAGCGGAUCGAGUCGCACUACGACCUGGAGCUGCGCGCGGCGGUGAUGCACGACAUCCUCGACAUGAUGCCCGAGGGCGUGAAGCAGAACAAGGCGCGCGUGAUCCUGCAGCACCUGUCGGAGGCGUGGCGCUGCUGGAAGGCCAACAUCCCGUGGAAGGUCCCGGGGAUGCCGGCGCCGAUCGAGAGCAUGAUCUGCCGGUUCGUGAAGAGCAAGGCGGACUGGUGGACGAACGUCGCGCACUACAACCGCGAGCGCAUCAAGCGCGGCGCCACCGUGGACAAGACGGUCUGCAAGAAGAACCUCGGGCGGCUCACGCGGCUGUACCUCAAGGCCGAGCAGGAGCGCCAGCACGGGUACCUCAAGGACGGGCCGUACAUCAGCCCCGAGGAGGCCGUUGCGAUCUACAGCACCAUGGUCCACUGGCUGGAGUCGCGCAGCUACCAGCCCAUCCCCUUCCCGCCGCUCAACUACAAGCACGACGUCAAGCUGCUCAUCCUCGGCCUCGAGCGCCUCAAGGAGCAGUACAUGGCCGCCGUGCGGCUCAACCAGACGCAGCGCGAGGAGCUCGGGCUCGUGGAGCAGGCCUACGACAACCCGCACGAGUGCCUCUCUCGCAUCAAGCGGCAGCUGCUCUCGCUGCGGUCCUUCAAGGAGGUCUCGAUCGAGUUCAUGGACCUGUACACGCACAUCAUCCCCGUGUACGAGAUCGAGCCGCUCGAGAAGAUCACCGACUGCUUCCUAGACCAGUACCUGUGGUACGAGGGCGACCGGCGGGGGCUGUUCCCGAACUGGAUCAAGCCCGCGGACACGGAGCCGCCGCCGCUGCUGGUGUACAAGUGGUGCCAGGGCAUCAACAACCUCACGGACGUGUGGGAGACGGGCAGCGGCGAGUGCGUGGUUCUGCUGCAGAGCACGCUGGAGAAGAUGUACGAGAAGAUCGACCUGCGGCUGCUGAACAAGCUCCUGCGGCUGAUCUGCGACCACAACCUCGCGGACUACAUGACCUCGAAGAACAACGUCGUGAUCGCCUACAAGGACAUGCAGCACACGAACAACUACGGGCUGGUGCGGGGGCUCCAGUUCGCGUCGUUCAUCACGCAGUACUACGGCCUCAUGAUCGACCUCCUCCUCCUCGGCCUCACGCGCGCGUCGGAGAUCGCCGGGCCGCCCAAGGCGCCCAACGAGUUCCUGUCGUUCCGCGACCCCGCCGCGGAGACCAGCCACCCGAUCCGGUUCUACCAGCGGUACAUCGACCGGAUCCACGUGCUCUUCCGAUUCACGGCGGACGAGGCCAAGGACCUCAUCCAGCGCUUCCUGACGGAGAACCCGGACCCGAACAACGAGAACGCCGUCGGGUACAACAACAAGAAGUGCUGGCCGCGGGACGCCCGCAUGCGGCUCAUGAAGCACGACGUCAACCUGGGCCGUGCGGCGUUCUGGGACAUGAAGAACAGGCUCCCGCGGUCGAUCUCGACGCUCGAGUGGGACAACUCGUUCGUGUCGGUGUACUCGCGCGACAACCCGAACCUGCUCUUCUCGAUGAACGGCUUCGAGGUCCGCAUCCUCCCGCGCUGCCGCAUGUCGGCCGAGGGCCUGGCGCACAAGGACGGCGUGUGGGCCCUCCAGAACGAGGCCUCGAAGGAGCGCACCGCGCAGGCCUUCCUGCGCGUCGACGACGACGGCAUGAAGGUCUUCGAGAACCGCAUCCGGCAGGUCCUCAUGUCGUCCGGCUCCACGACGUUCACCAAGAUCGCCAACAAGUGGAACACUGCGCUCAUCGGCCUCAUGACGUACUACCGCGAGGCCGUCGUGCACACCCAGGAGCUCCUCGACCUGCUCGUGAAGAACGAGAACAAGAUCCAGACGCGCAUCAAGAUCGGCCUCAACUCGAAGAUGCCGUCGCGCUUCCCGCCCGUGGUCUUCUACUCGCCCAAGGAGAUCGGCGGCCUCGGGAUGCUCUCGAUGGGCCACAUCCUGAUCCCGCAGGCCGACCUGCGGUACUCGCAGCAGACGGACACGGGCGUCACGCACUUCCGCGCCGGCAUGACGCACGAGGAGGACCAGCUCAUCCCCAACCUGUACCGGUACAUCCAGCCGUGGGAGUCGGAGUUCACGGACUCGCAGCGCGUGUGGGCCGAGUACGCGCUCAAGCGGCAGGAGGCGCAGGCGCAGAACCGCCGUCUCACGCUCGAGGAUCUCGAGGAUUCGUGGGACCGGGGAAUUCCGCGCAUCAACACGCUGUUCCAGAAGGACCGGCACACGCUGGCGUACGACAAGGGGUGGCGCGUGCGGAUGGACUUCAAGCAGUACCACGUGCACCGCAUGAACCCGUUCUGGUGGACGCACCAGCGGCACGACGGCAAGUUGUGGAACCUGAACAACUACCGCACGGACGUGAUCCAGGCGCUCGGGGGCGUCGAGGGCAUCCUCGAGCACACGCUCUUCAAGGGCACGUACUUCCCGACGUGGGAGGGGCUCUUCUGGGAGAAGGCGUCGGGCUUCGAGGAGUCGAUGAAGUUCAAGAAGCUCACGAACGCGCAGCGCACGGGUCUGAACCAGAUCCCCAACCGCCGCUUCACGCUGUGGUGGUCGCCGACCAUCAACCGCUCCAACGUCUACGUGGGCUUCCAGGUGCAGCUCGACCUGACGGGGAUCUUCAUGCACGGGAAGAUCCCCACGCUCAAGAUCUCCCUCAUCCAGAUCUUCCGCGCCCACCUGUGGCAGAAGAUCCACGAGGCCGUCGUCAUGGAUCUAUGCCAGGUGUUCGACCAGGAGCUGGACGCGCUGGAGAUCGAGACGGUGCAGAAGGAGACGAUCCACCCGCGCAAGUCGUACAAGAUGAACUCGUCGUGCGCGGACAUUUUGCUGUUUGCGGCAUACAAGUGGCCGGUGUCGAGGCCGACGCUCAUGGCCGACGCGAACGACGCGUUCGACCAGAAGGCGACGAACAAGUACUGGGUCGACGUGCAGCUCCGGUGGGGCGACUACGACGCGCACGACGUCGAGCGCUACGUGCGCGCCAAGUUCCUGGAUUACUCGACUGACAACAUGUCGAUCUACCCCUCUCCCACGGGCGUCAUGAUCUGCAUCGACCUGGCGUACAACCUGCACUCGGCCUUCGGGAACUGGUUCCCGGGCGUCAAGCCGCUGAUCAUCAAGGCCAUGGCCAAGAUCAUGAAGUGCAACCCCGCGCUGUACGUCCUGCGCGAGCGCAUCCGCAAGGCGCUGCAGCUCUACUCCUCGGAGCCCACGGAGCCGUGGCUGUCGUCGCAGAACUACGGCGAGCUCUUCUCGAACCAGAUCGUGUGGUUCGUCGACGACUCGAACGUGUACCGCGUGACCAUCCACAAGACCUUCGAGGGCAACAUCACGACCAAGCCCAUCAACGGCGCGAUCUACAUCUUCAACCCGCGCUCCGGCCAGCUGUACCUCAAGAUCAUCCACACGUCCGUCUGGGCGGGCCAGAAGCGCCUCUCGCAGCUGGCCAAGUGGAAGACGGCCGAGGAGGUGGCGGCGCUGAUCCGGUCGCUGCCGGUCGAGGAGCAGCCGCGGCGGGUCAUCGUGACGCGCAAGGGCAUGCUGGACCCCAUGGAGGUGCACUUGGUGGACUUCCCGAACAUCGUCAUCACGGGGAGCGAGCUGCAGCUGCCCUUCCAGGCAUCGCUCAAGAUCGAGAAGUUCGGGGACCUGAUCCUGAAGGCGACGGAGCCGCAGAUGAUGCUGUUCAACCUGUACGACGACUGGCUGAAGACGGUGUCGUCGUACACGGCGUUCUCGCGGCUGGUGCUGAUCCUGCGCGCGCUGCACGUGAACACGGAGAAGGCGCGCAUGAUCCUGCGGCCGGACAAGACGAUCGUGACGGAGGCGCACCACGUGUGGCCGAGCCUGUCGGACGCGCAGUGGGUCAAGGUGGAGAUCGCGCUCAAGGAUCUGAUCCUGGCCGACUACGCCAAGAAGAACAACGUCAACGUGGAGGCGCUGACGCAGAGCGAGAUCCGCGACAUCAUCCUCGGCGCGGAGAUCACGCCGCCGUCGGCGCAGCGGCAGCAGAUCGCGGAGAUCGAGAAGCAGGCCAAGCAGGCGGCGCAGACCACGGCGGUGACCACCAAGACGAUGAACGUGCACGGCGAGGAGCUGAUCGUGACGACCACGUCCGCGUACGAGCAGGCGACGUUCGCGACGAAGACGGACUGGCGCGUGCGCGCGAUCAGCGCCACGAACCUGCACCUCCGCGUGUCGCACAUCUACGUCAACUCGGACGACGCCAAGGAGACGGGCUUCACCUACGUGCUCCCGAAGAACCUCCUCAAGAAGUUCAUUACGAUCGCGGACCUGCGCACGCAGGUCGCGGGAUUCAUGUACGGCGUGUCGCCCGAGGACAACCCCCUGGUGAAGGAGAUCCGGUGCAUCGUGCUUCCGCCGCAGUGGGGCAGCCACGCCAAGGUGCAGCUCCCGGAACAGCUGCCGGACCACGACUACCUCCGGGACCUCGAGCCGCUCGGGUGGCUGCACACGCAGCCGAACGAGACGCCCCAGAUGCCGCCCCAGGACGUGGUGGCACACGCCAAGCUGCUGGAGGCGCACCGGUCGUGGGACGGGGAGCGCUGCGUGGACAUCACGUGCAGCUUCACGCCCGGGUCGUGCAGCCUGACGGCGUACAAGCUCACGCCGCAGGGCUACGAGUGGGGUCGCGCAGCCAAGGACGGCGGCGAGACGCACCAGGGGUACGCGCCGGGGCACUACGAGAAGGUGCAGCUGCUGCUGUCGGACCGCUUCAUGGGCUUCUACAUGGUGCCGGAGACGGGGUGCUGGAACUACAACUUCAUGGGCACCAAGUGGCAGUCCAAGAUGCGGUACGGGCUCAAGUUGUCCAACCCCAGGGAGUUCUACCACGAGGUGCACCGCCCCACGCACUUCGUGGACUUUGCGAGCCUCGAGGAGGCCGCGAUCCCCGCCGACCGGGAGGACCACUUUGCGUAG